AUGAAGAAACACCAAAGUCCCACCAAGCUGCCGGCGGCGUCAGACGUACCGGCGGCUGUGGCGGCAUCGACUCAGGGCGGCGAGGUGACCGUCCAGCAACUAAACGAGCUUCUUUCGAACGGCAGCGGCUUCUACAGUCUCCCGACGCAGCACUUCAACGAGGUCUUUCCGAGGAUAUACAUCGGCAACGCGUUCGUGGCCCAGAAUGCAAUGCGUCUGCAGAAACUGGGUGUGACGCACGUGCUCAACAUGGCGGAGGGCACCUCUUUCAUGCACGUCAACACCAGCGCCGACUUCUACGCCGGCACGGGCAUCGCCUAUCACGGGAUCAAGGCUAACGACACAGAGCAGUUCGACCUUAGUGCCUUCUUCGAGGAGGGCGCCGGAUUUAUUGACAAGGCCCUUGCACACAACAAUGGCAAAGGGAAGGUGUACGUGCACUGCAGGGAAGGCUACAGCCGCUCGCCCACCAUGGUGGUGGCUUACCUCAUGCUGCGCCACAAAAUGGACGCCCGGCAGGCGGUAGCCACCGUGCGGCAAAAGAGGGAGAUCGGCCCUAACGACGGCUUCCUGCGUCUGCUGUGCCAACUCAACGAGAAACUGGCUCGCGAGGGCAGGCUGAACGGCGAGGUGGGCAAACUAAAGACCAAAUGA